CGGUGACGCACCCUCAUACCUGAGCCGCAGGAGUGCGGACUGGAGCCGGUCAGGCACGCGGGUGACAGGGAUGAUGAUGAUGAUGGUGCUGAUGCUGCUGCUGCUGCUGCCAUGGCAACAGACCUUGACGCGCUCACACAUUGAUUUCAUAUUUAUUUAAUACCACGAUCGUCCUUCCCGUCACGCGGAUCCGGAAUCCGACGCUGCGACCGCGUGAAGCUCAACAAGUGACAGUGAUGCAUGCGAAGGAGCGACGCGACGCGCGCUGGAUAAACACCUAAUAAUCGUUCGUUUAAAGGGGGCGCGUCUGUCAGCAGCUCCGGCGCGUUUCUCAUCCGUUUCUCCUGUUGCGCAUCAGAUGAUGAUGAUGAUGAUGAUGAUGAUGAUGAUGCACCUUCACACGUCUGACUGACCGGUGUGUGUGUGACUGACAAAUGAACGUCCUUUAUGUGUGUCGCUCCUUCACAUCGUUCUUAUGUAAGCGCGUCUUUUGAGCACUAGACAUCACCGUGACAACUAGAGGCGGGAGUCACCGAAUCACGGGAGAUGCUGGCCGGUGUCGGAGCGGUUCGGAGCGUCUGGGCCUCAAGGACACGGAGAAAUGAGGAGAAAUGACGGGCGGUGCGUGAAGACGAGCGCGUCAAGGACGAACGGAGCGUCAGCGACGCGCGUUAAUUCAAGGGCGUUUGACCGCGAUGAGGAGCCGUCGGAGGGCAGCGCGGCGGGGCGAGGCGUCCUCCGGAGGAAGCGUGAAGGAGAAUCCGACGCGCUGAGGUCAAACUGACCGCGAGUUCGUUCUUCAGCGUAAUGACAGGUCAAAGACAGAACAGAGCCGUGUUCAUCUGACAGAAGAGCAACAACAGGUCACUGUGUGUGUGCGUGCGUGCGUGUGUGUGUGCGCGUGUGUGCGUGCGUGCGUGCGCUGGCAUGGAUGGUGGCACCGGGGCUUCCGCGGGCACGGACCCUCGCCCCGCCCGGAACGGGGACUCUAAGCGGCGCAGCAAGAGCAGCCUGCCGUCUCCCGGUUACCGGCUCUCCCAGGCGUCUCUGGAGGGCGACCGCGGGGAGCCGCUGCCCGGGCGCCGCCGCCUCUCCAUCAUGAGCUCCACGCGCGACAGCGGCCAGUUCCGCCCGGGCACCGCGGCCGGAACCCCGACCACCCCUCUGCCCCUGCCGCUGCCCCACGCCGGCUCCGCCCCGCCCACCGUGCAGCGCUCCGUGGGCUUCGCCGCCUCCCGAGCAGCUCUGGCAUCCACCUCCUCCUCCACCGGCACCGGGAUGGUCGUGGUGGCCGCCGGACCCGAGACCACCACCACCACGGCGGCCGGGACCCCGGAGGCCGGUCCGGGGCUGGACGGUGAGGAUUACAGCUACUCGAACCAGUCCACCUUCAUCCAGAGGCAGUUCGGAGCCAUGCUGCAGCCCGGCGUCAACAAGUUCUCGCUCCGCAUGUUCGGCAGCCACAAGGCCGUGGCCCUGGAGCAGGAGAGGCUCAGGUCGGCUGGAGCCUGGAUCAUACACCCCUACAGCGACUUCAGGUUUUGCUGGGAUCUGCUCAUGCUGCUGCUGAUGGUGGGAAACCUCAUCAUCCUCCCGGUGGGAAUCACCUUCUUCAAGGACGAGAACACUCCUCCGUGGAUCAUCUUCAACGUGGUGUCAGACACGCUCUUCCUGGUGGAUCUGGUGCUGAACUUUCGCACCGGGAUCGUGAAGGAGGACAGUACGGAGAUCCUGCUGGACCCCAAGGCCAUACGCCAGCGCUACCUGAAGAGCUGGUUCCUCGUGGACUUUGUGUCCUCGAUCCCGGUGGAUUACAUCUUCCUGAUGGUGGACCUGGAAGCUCACCUGGACUCAGAGGUGUACCGGACGGCCCGAGCGCUGCGGAUCGUUCGAUUCACCAAGAUCCUGAGUCUGCUGCGCCUGCUGCGUCUGUCCCGACUCAUACGCUACAUCCACCAGUGGGAGGAGAUCUUCCACAUGACCUAUGACCUGGCCAGUGCGAUGGUGCGGAUCGUCAAUCUGAUUGGAAUGAUGCUGCUGCUGUGUCACUGGGACGGAUGUCUGCAGUUCCUGGUGCCAAUGCUGCAGGACUUCCCGCCAGACUGCUGGGUCUCCAAAAACAACAUGGUGAACGACACGUGGGGCGUCCAGUACUCCUACGCUCUGUUUAAGGCCAUGAGUCACAUGCUGUGCAUCGGUUACGGCGCUCAGGCUCCAGAGGGAAUGACGGACGUCUGGCUCACUAUGCUCAGCAUGAUCGUGGGUGCGACCUGCUACGCCAUGUUCAUCGGCCACGCCACGGCCCUCAUCCAGUCCCUGGACUCCUCACGCCGACAGUACCAGGAGAAGUAUAAGCAGGUGGAGCAGUAUAUGUCGUUCCACAAGCUUCCAGCAGAUGUCAGGCAGAAAAUCCACGAGUAUUAUGAACAUCGAUACCAGGGCAAGAUGUUUGACGAGGACAACAUUCUGGGAGAGCUGAGCGAGCCCUUAAAGGAGGAAAUUGUUAGCUUCAACUGCCGUAGCUUGGUGGCUAACAUGCCUCUCUUCGCUAACGCCGACCCAAACUUCGUAACGGCAGUGCUAACGAAGCUGAAGUUUGAGGUGUUCCAGCCCAAUGACUUCAUCAUCCGUGAGGGAACUGUGGGCCGUAAAAUGUAUUUCAUCCAGCACGGACGGGUCAGCGUACUUACUCGUGGAAACAAGGAGACCAAGCUCAGCGAUGGGUCAUACUUUGGAGAGAUCUGUCUGCUGACACGUGGCAGGAGGACCGCUAGUGUCCGAGCAGAUACGUACUGUCGACUUUACUCCCUCAGUGUGGACAGCUUCAAUGAGGUUCUGGAAGAGCAUCCCAUGAUGAGACGGGCCUUUGAGACGGUGGCAGCCGACAGACUUGAUCGCAUCGGUAAGAAGAACUCGAUUUUGUUGCGCAAGACCUCACAGGGAGGAUCUGUAGCGGGCAGCAGUUUGGGACGGGGUGGAGGGAGCCGUGGCGGAGGAGCGGGAGGUGCCGGUCUGGGUUCCUGCGACAGUGUUCUGGUCCAGCAGAUCGUGAAGCACGACAGCAUGCCCACCAUGCAGGACAUCGCCGCUGGCAACCGAGGCAGCACAGGAGGCACUGUCUCACCCCGACCUCACCCGGUGAUCUGGGCACCGCUGGUCCACGCUCCCCUCCAGACGGCCGCUGCCACCACCAAUGUGGCCAUUGCCUUGAUGCAUCAGCAACAGCAGCAGCAACAGUUGCAGCAGCAGCUACAGCAACAACAUGCCCUCGGAGCCGCCAUCUUCCUUCCCUCAGCUCUUCCCAUCUCACCAUCACCCUCGACCUGCCCACUUUCUCCUCCCCGUCCGCCCAUACUACACCCUCGACAGUCGCUCAGCUCCCUCAUCAGUGUAAUGGGUGGGUUGCCGCCCCGAGGAGUCCCGUCCUCUGUAACUCCUACACCCUCGCCCUCCACUAUGGGACCCACUCCUGUCGGCGUGGCUCCUCCGGCAGGUGGAGUUGCAAAAACUCCUCCUGCGCCUGUGUCGUCAGUGCCUGCCCCUCUGCAGGCCGGAAGAACACUUCAUUACAGCCUCCGCCUCCACACAGAACCCACAACAUCACCUGUUCAUAAAGUCGCACCUCCCUCCUCAGCAGCUGCGGGGCUGUCCACUGAAGGGCGCGGUGUUGGCUCCGCUCCGCAGGGGGCCAAAGAGGCUCUAAUGCGUCAUGUGGGAGGAGGCAGCACCCAAGGCCUCCCCAUGAUUGGUCGGCUUACCCAGGAGGCCAGACUGCUCUCCGCCUCCCAGCCGACUCUCCCCCACCGCAGCUGGGCGGCCGUGCAGCCUCACCCGCCUCUCCAUCGUAAAGCAUCCGGAGGAAACCUGCUUCCGGCACCCUUCCUUUUGUCGUCAGGACUUGCUAGAGGAGGAAGCGCAGGUGUUUUGAGCUCAAAUGUGCCACAGCCUGGUGCCACACAGGCACCAACUCACACAGCGCUGCUGUUGCCCUCUCAGCUGGCACAUACACCUCCACUCACAUCAGCUCCAGGGUCAGCUCCGACAGCCCUUGCCCCGUUUUCGUCCUCCCCAAAACAAACCCCACUUUGUUCUGCAAACCCUCCUUUAUCCCUCACGGCCGCAUCUUCUGGUCUAGGGGUUCCUCAAACCCAGCGAGCCAAACCAGGCGCUGCGAUAUCUACUCCUCCGUCAACCUCUCCUCCUCCUUGCCUACGCCCUCCGUCACCUUCUCAGUCCACCUCCACCUCUCCAACUUCAUCUUCCGGCAUCUCUUUAGCUCAGAAUUCCCGUACCAAACCCUCUCAGACGCCUCCUCCACCGUCCCCAUUAUCCUGCACCACCAACUCAACACCCACCAUCACUCCAUCUCAAACCCCCACCCCAACUCGAACCCCAACCCCUGUUCAAACCCCUAUUCAGACCCCCACCCAAUCUAGAACACCAGCGGCCAUCCAAACCCAAUCCCAAAGUCGGUGUCCAACUCCCGUCCAGAUCCCAGCAGCUGCACAAACUCCGACCUCAACCUCCAUUCAAAGUCCAGUUCCCACCCAGAUUCCGAGUAAACCUCUGAGUUCCACCCCGAGCCAGAGUGUUGCUGUCCAGAUGCCAGCCACUGUCCAGGUUCUUGGUCCUCCUUCGACUUGUUCUGCAGUCUCCAGUCCAACCCAAACCUCAACUACCAUACAGACUCAGAGCUCUUCCUGGACCCCAGGCUCUCCCAUUAAUACCCCAGCCCAAAGUGGGCCCUCGAGCUCUGCCCUGACCCAGUCGCAGACACAAGCUACACCUGCUAAAGCCCCUUCAUCAAGUCCAUCUCCUGCCACUUCACAGCCACAGAAGCCAGCUGCUACCCAAGCUCAGACCUUAAACGUUCUGUCCGCUCCUACCUUAAGUCCAUCUCCCAUUGCUGCUUCCACUGCCUCCUCUUCUCCAGUCCUCCAGUCCAUCUCCACUUCACCAAAAGAGGCAAAGAAAGAGCAGGACUUGAGAGAUUCAGAGACAAAGAGACAAAAAUAUCCUGCUAACAUGUGAGGAGGGAGGUGGAUGCUGGGCAGAGGCUCAUGUUUUGUCCGUGGUGAGUUCAGAUGGUGAGAUGUCACGUGUCAGGUGUAUCAGUUCAGGCUCCCCAGGUUCCAUGAGCAUGCUGUCUGCAUUUGACCUUCCCUGUGGUGGUCUGAAGUCUUGACCAUGGGAGGGCCUAACAUCCCUGACUUUACAUCUACCCUAACUAACCUAGGUAAAAACAAACGAGCAGAAGGUGUUUGACUCCGAAAUAAAGCUAGUGUGUCUGUGUCAUCAAGGUCAUCUGGGAACGUCAAGUGGAAUAUUUUUGUAGUCCUGCUGAAAAGACCAGCUUGAAUUGCAGUGGGCUAACUGGUGAACCAAUGCUGUCAUGUUGAUCACCAGCAAAACAUGUUAGAUACAGUGGUUCCCAACGCUGCACGAUAUAAAUGUCUCCCUAAUCAAACAAACCUAAUUCAGGUCAUUUUAGUAGAGCAUCCAAGACCUGAAAUGAGUGUAUCAGACAAAGGAGACACUGAAAAUGUGCAUUGUUCAGGAGCCACUGUGCUAGAGAACCAGCAUGAUCUAAAGAGCCCCUUAAGUGAUAUUUGCAGAACAUAAACACUGGUCUUUUCAACAGGGAUCUGAUAAAUUAACCUUUUUAAUCUUUCACAGAACAGACGCAAAUUCUGUCAAUUGCCAAAAAUGUCUUAAAGGGAAUGUAACUGCAAAACUGCCACCACUUUAAGAUGCAUUUGCACAGUCUUGUAAAGAUAAAAAACGAUGAGAACAUCAGAGAAUGUUUUAUAAGAUCAAAGCCAUUCUAGCCAUAUAACAUCACCGUCAGAACACAAGCAGCAUUUUUUCACCUGGAGGCAACAAGAGCGUAAACCCAGUUUGAAAUGACCUCUCUAUGCCGAGCACCAGCUAGGGAAUUACCAUCACACCUUCUGUCAUUAAAUAUUAGUGAGUAAACGGUUGUCACAGGAUUAGAACUACAGCAAAUGUUUUUGCACUUUAGUUCAUGAGUCUAAUGUAAUGUGUCCCGGCAUCCCUUGGGCACCAUCCUGGAAUAAUACAUUUCGAGUCUGGAAAGAUGUUUCGACACGGUGAAUCUGUGUCGAUGUAGUGUACACUGCCUGAAAACUACAAAUGGUGCAUUGUACAUAGUGUGUUAAGCAGAGAAUUAAUUUCUACAUGAAAAACAGGAAUUACAAUUUUGUCCUUCUAACCAGUUUUGUGUACUUGUGUUUUGUCGUUCUAUUUGUCGAACCGUUAGCCAGUGCUUACCUGAUCAGUAUGCAAGUCAAAAGAAUUCAAAUCAAAAUCUCACUGCCUUGCGUGAAGAAUUACCAAAGGACAUAUUUAGGGAAUAAAACAAUGAAGCAAUUCUGGAGGAUUUUCAACCUGAUCUCAUGACGAAAACGUACCUGUGGUAACUUUUUUGCAAGACGUAAAAUACGUAGCAUCAUGUACAUUUCAUAACAUAUUCGAUGUGAAAUGGCCAGUGAUUGCCGCUAAAAGAGUCCCCCCCCCCCCGGAACCGGUACAUACUGUACGCUUUAUGUGACGUUGGUUUUGUACAUUUCACUACAGUUCUGACUUUAAAUGUCCAUGAGUGGACCUACCUGAUAGUAUGAACAAAAAAAAAAUGUGAUGCCAUUUUAGCCUGUUUUUUGAUCUAUCAUCUUUCAGCUCUUUCAGGUACAGGAUUCGUACCCAAGGAUUCUGCAUCCUCAGUCCAAUUCAGCGCCGCGUGAGCUACCAAGCAAGCUUGUAACAUCCUGUGUUGUUCCUAUUUUUGACCUCCUGCUAAAUCAUUAUCCCCUCUUUUUGAAAUCACCACAUGACUGCCUAACCUGAACCCCACCCCUAAUCCUAACCCCUCCCCCACACAUAACCCUAAACCUACUAAUAUUAGGGGAGUAGUAAUGUGGCGGGGAGUCAGAAUUCGGCAUUCUAACACCGGAGAGUGAAAUAUAUGGGGCUGUGUACGAAUAUGAUUACAAAUGCUUUUUACUGCCUCUAGUGUUCAUUUCUGGAAACUGCAGUGAAAUGCACUUAUUGGUACAUAUUUUGCUUCAAGCAAAAAAGUUCCCACAGGUGUUUUUUCGUCAUGAGAUCAGGUAGAGGAUCUUUGGUAUGGAUUGAUUUUGGCCUUUAUAUUCUCAUAGGAAAGGAGAACUUUUGUUGCUAUGGCAAGUUUCCAUUUGGUGCUUCCACUGAUGCACAAAUACAUGUGGUCCCCUAAAGGGACUCGGUGAUGGAACAAAUCGAGAUUACAUUUCAGUGCUUUUGCAUUCUCUCACAAACUAUUUGCGUAAGUGUGAGGGUUUUGGUAAAAGCAUCCCAGUGUGAAUGGGGUUUAAUGUUAUUUUACUGAUGGCCAGUGUCAGCAUGCUCAGAAACCUCACGAGCUGAGUCUGCAUAAACUGACUGACGUUUAAUAUCUGAAAAUAUCACCCUUGAUUUCCAGCUUCUCCCCUCUCGUCUCUUUUUGAAUCACCAAAGUGUAACAUCUGCCCAAUAUAUAACUAAUAAUUAGCAUCACAGAUGUGACUGAAUAACUGUAAAGAAUAUAUAUAUAUAUAAAUAUAUAUCAAUAUAAUUCUUUUGAUAAAAAAUAGAAGCAAUCCAUUAGUAGUUUGUCGUCUCAGGUGUUUGAUGUUAGUUUUGGACAAUAUGACUAUAGCGUUCAUAUUCUCACUCUGCUGUAACUGAACUAGUGUUUUGUUUUAAUUGUGUGUUGCACUAAACAGCGAGCGCACAGCAGCGCUUUAGUUCCUGCCGCUAGUCUGAUUCCCUGUGAGCGUGUCAGCCUCUCUCUGUCCGUUAGUGUCGCCACACACAUCCGACGCUUCGUGGUCUUUCAUCUGGACCAGAGCAGCUUUCAUCUUUCUCUUGCUCUUGUACUGUAGCCGCUUCCCUUCAGUGAGACACACACACACACACACACACACACCUUUCCCAGUAUGAAUCUGUCAUGUUGUGCCCAGUGCUGUUCCUUAGUGUUUUGUGCCGAUAGUGAGAUUAUGUCUAAUUUCCCCUCCAAUACCAUGUUGCCUAGAUUGCACAUUUAAGGACCAAAUGUUUAUUUUUAUUUGUUCUCACAGCUUUAGCUUUUGAGAAAAAAUAAAUAAUAGUCUAUAAUGAUACAUACAAUGACAUAUAAAAGCCAAUUCACACUGCGCUAACAGAUGCCGACAAAACACAACAGACACUUUAGUCUGGUUUUGCUGAUUCCCCUGUCGACGUCUGUUCCUGUUGGUUUUCAUCGGGUCUUGGAAUGUCUGAGAAGUGGCGUACCGUACUCGGUCGUCUGUCGGUGUUGGUCUGCAUCUGUCGGUGUGGUGUGAACUGGCCUUAAAAGAAAUAAUGAUGAACAUGUGAAAAAUGAUUUUUGCCAAAUCAGAAUAAAGUCAAUUUAGAAUCA